GAGGCCCGCCUGCCCCUGCGGCCCAGGGCCCCGCGCGGCUGUCAGUCUGGCGGCGGCGCGCGCCGAUUGGGCGGGCUGCCGCCGGGGAGCGGGGGCAGCAAGUUCGGAUGCGCGCUACUUAAGGUCCUGCUGCGUGAGCCAUUGACGUGUUUGGAGCUGGAGACGGCCUGGGUGCUGGCGAAGCGGAGGCCCGAGUUAAUACACGAGGAACUCAUGCAAAGGAGGGGACUUUCGGAAAUCCAAACUUAGAGUGCCUUGUAUUUAGAAUCCGGAAGGAAAAGGAAAUGAAAUGUGAAGAAACUCAUGCACCAAACUCGAACUGGUUAUAUGUCAUGUUACUUAGUAAGAAGACUGUCAGGAUGCCCUUGGUAACACGGAGGCUGAGAGAUCCUGACAUAAAUCCUUGCUUGUCGAUCCUAUUCUACCUUUUAAAUGAUGCCUCUCUUAUGUCUGUAAGGAAUCUGAUGCUUCCACCAGAUGUCUGGAUGAAAAUAACUAUGACAAGGAAAGGUGUUCCACUUACUUCUUAAAGUAUAAAAACUGCCGGAGAUUCUGGAAUUCUGUCAUGAUGCAGAGAAGACAGAACGGAGUGAAGCCAUGUAUGCCUACGGCAGCAGAAAGAGAUGAAAUCUUGAGAGCAGUGGGAAAGAUGCCCUAUUGAGUGUUUGCAUUAAAAGUAUAUAUAACUUAGAAGCAGAUGAAUAUUUCUAAUAAGUGAUCGCUGUAAUAUUUAAGACUAUACACCCCUCACCCAGACAGACCUUAAGUUCUUCAAGUGGAGACAGUGAAGUCACCCCGUGUCCUUUUUGCUUGCUGUCAGUGCCAUGCCGAUGGUAUGUUGCUGCUGGCUGUGCUGUGGCAUGAGUUUGCAUGAUUUUCUCGAGGCAUGGAAUUAGGUAAGGCUACAUGAGAAAUCGAACUUUUCCACUGGGUUUUGAAAGAAGAAUAUGAUGUGAACAAGUAAAGACUGAAUGGGGCUGAGAUGAAGGCAAUGUUUCCAAGUAAAGGAAAUGUUAUGAGCAAGAGUGUGAGGCAAGGGAAGCUGGAACCACAUUCAGAGAGUAUCCUGUAGAUUGCUCCACCUAGAAUCUCAGGUGGGUGGAGCAGUGGUGGGAGAAGACUGGAAAGGUAAGUUGAAGGUAAGGAAUGUGUGGCGGGCCUCAGAUCCCAGGCUCAUUCCUCAAAUCAGUUCUUCCCUCACUUAUCUUUGUUUAAAUAAGGUUAGUACAUUCACUAGGGACAAAUGGGUUUUUCUAAAUAAAUGGCAUAAAAAAGAACUGGUCGUCUUUCUUUAAAGAAAGGCUAAGUUACAGGAUUCUGUGAUUGAAAUCCUUAAAUAUUGGGUAGCUGUAGUAUCAGUUUUUGAACCACAGUAAUGGGAAGAAAGACAAAUGGAUUCCCUUAGAAGUAGAAUUUCUAUUUGCAGGAUGAGUUGGGUAGGGAAAGGGGUCAGGGUUCAUCAGGUGAACUCAACACUGAUGAGGCUAGAACCUCACUUUAUGAUAUAAACACAAUACUUAUUCAGUGUGGUGACUGGGGUAGAUUGUGAAGCAACCCUCUUUAUGCCCACUGCCUUUUAGAAUCAUUUGUUUCAUUCGCGGUCAUUUUAUGAAGACAUACUAUUAUUGAAUGAAAUUUAAUAUGUACUUGAAAACAUUGCUUUUGUCCCUUCUCUUCAUCUGGUCUAAUUCAAGAACAUUGUUUUAAUGGCUGGUGACAAUGAACCAUCUGUCUGAGUCUAAAACCAAGCUCAAGUUUCUAAGCCACAUGACCUUGAUUGUUAAAUGUAGUUAUAUUUGAAUAAAAAAUGGAUUAUUUCCAAAAUU